ACAAAUAUAAUAUUAUUUUUAUUACUGUUCAAAGAAUUUAUAAAUACGAUAUGGAAACAAUGUCUUAUAAAGUAGGUUUUAUUGGAGGUGGAAAUAUGUCUACAGCUAUUAUGAGGGGUAUUUUACGAAAUGAGGCUCAAAAACCUUCUGACAUAUGGGUGUCAGGACCUCGCAUAGUAAAUCUUAAGCAUUGGCAAGAUAUUGGAGCAAAUGUCACUACAAGUAACAGAGAAGUUCUGUUGGAAUGUGAUGUAGUGUUUUUGGGUGUGAAGCCGGGGAUGUUAGAGGCAGCAUUAAGUGACUGUGUCAUAAAUGAUCCAAGGCCCCUAGUAAUUGGUACUAGCAAAAUUUUAGUCUCAAUGCUGGUAGGAAUUACAAUUGAGAGGGUGCACCAGGCGUUACAAUCAAUAUUACCUCCCCCUUCAUGUAUAAAGGUUAUAAGGAUCAUGCCCAAUACGCCUAUGAUGGUUGGUGUUGGCUCCUGUCUUUAUUCACCUGAUGCAAAGGCCACUCAAGAAGAUUGUAUGUUAUUAAAGGCACUACUCAGCAAAUCUGCCGUUACUGACCAAAUACCAGAGACAAUGAUAGACUCUCUAGGUUCUCUUACUGGAUGUGGACCAGCUUUUGUUUAUAUCAUUAUAGAAGCUUUGGCUGACGGAGCAGUGAAGCAGGGAGUUCCGAGAGCAGUUGCGUUGAGACAGGCAGCACAAGUGGUUGCGGGCAGUGGUCAAAUGAUGUUACAGACUGGAAAACAUCCUGCACAACUGAAGGAUGAGGUGUGUUCGCCCGGUGGAUCUACUAUAUGUGGAGUAACAGCUCUUGAAACGGGAAAAAUUAGGGCGACAUUAAUAAAUGCAAUCGAAGCAGCCACAUUAAGGACGAUGGAGAUAAGUAAAAAGUAAAAUAGUUGUUAAUAUCAGGCGUUACU